CUGGAUCACAGUAUUUUCAAGGGAAUUCAAAAGAAAGGUUAUCGUCAGCCAACACCCAUUCAACGUAAAGCUAUUCCUUUGAUUGUUGAUGGAAAAGAUGUGGUUGGGAUGUCACGUACAGGUAGUGGUAAAACAGCAGCGUUUGUUAUACCGCUUUUACAAAAAUUGAAGGGACGUGAAAUGAAUGGAAGUCGUGCUCUUUUGGUUGCACCUACUCGUGAAAUUGCUUGUCAAACUUUUAAAGUUGUCAAAGAGUUGGGCCGAUUCACUGGUUUAAGAUGUGGUUUACUGGUUGGUGGCGACAGCAUUGAAGAGCAGUUCUCUGUGGUUCAUCAAAAGCCUGAUAUAAUAAUAGCGACACCAGGUCGAUUGCUGCAUUUGUUGAUCGAAAUGAAUUUGAAGUUGUUGACGAUUCAAUAUGUGGUUUUCGAUGAAGCUGAUCGCUUGUUUGAGAUGGGAUUUGCGGAGCAACUUCAUGAAAUCAUCAAAAAACUACCAGAAAAUAGACAAACCUUACUCUUCUCAGCAACUCUACCGAAAAUGUUGGUUGACUUCGCAAAGGCCGGUCUAACUGAUCCUGUGCUCGUGCGACUGGAUGUAGACGAGAAGAUAAGUGAUAAGCUAUCGAUGGUAUUUGUGGUGUGUCGUUCCGAUGACAAGAUGGCAGCGCUGUUGAAUCUGGUUCGGAUGUUAGUGUCAAAGCACGAACAAACAAUUGUGUUUUGUGCGACGAUGAAACAUGUCGAAUAUGUGGCGUUAAUCAUGCAAAUGGCACGUAUCGAUUGUGUCGUCUUGUACAGUCAGUUGGAUGCUACGGCCAGGAAAAUGAACAUCGAGAAAUUCCGAACCAAGAAGUGUUCGGUGCUGGUCGUAACGGAUGUGGCCGCACGUGGUGUUGAUAUUCCCUUACUGGAUAACGCUAUCAACUUUCAUUUUCCGUGUAAACCGAAACUGUUUGUGCAUCGUGUUGGUCGAGUUGCGCGUGCAGGUCACUCAGGUAAAGCGUUUAGUCUGAUCGGUACUGACGAAAUACCGUACCUGGCUGAUCUAUUCCUCUUUCUUGGAAGACCCAUUCGGUUCGCUGAUGCGACUUCUGUCUAUAAAGAAGAUGAGCCAUUGGUUGGUCGAUUUCCAGAGGAGCUGAUUGAUUUGGAAACCGAUUUCUUGAAGAGUAUUCACGAUAACUGUGAGGAUUUGGUGAGUUUUGAUUUUAUUCCGUCGACUAGAUUGGUCUUGUUGAAUUAA